AUGGCAGACGUAGGCAACAAUAAUGAGACAGCAGCUGCUGAAUUGAGUGAAAAUGUCGAAACGAAACCAGGUGGAACUGAUAAGACGGAGGGUAAUGGCGAAACUUCUCCUCGCCCACAAACUCUUGACUCGUCUGUGACCGAUUCUUCGCCCUCGCCAGAUGCGCAAAAUUCUAAAAUGCCGACGCCGUCAUCGUCACCAUUAGUUGAGAAAACUGAGCAAGUGUUGCAGUCUUCAGCGCAAUCUCGAGAAUUGAAGCAAUCUGUUGAGGAACAGAAUAAUCACGGUGUCAGUACUUCUCCAGAGGUCCCUCCUAAGGAAGUUGCAGGCAAACCACUUCCACCCGUUCCUCAAACCCAGGCCCUUGAAUCCACAUCACCUGCAAUAGCACACCCACCAACACAAGCACCAUUAUCCCCGCAAUCUACGAACCUGCCGUCAGACAUUGAAUCCUCGAUCCUAGACGCAACGCAAUCUUCGAUCAAUGCCUCUGCUGAACCCAAAGCACGACAGUCCACGACUUCAUCUGAUAGAGCCAAGAAGAAUUUUGCUAGCGCGUUUACAGCCGUAAGAGGUUUUCUUGUGAGGAGUUCUAAUAUGGUUGUGGAAAAAAUUAAUCAAAAACUGGAGGAGAUGGAUGAAGAGAUGCUGAAGGCCAUGGAAGAGGAGGAAAUGCUUAAGCAGGUGGAGAGCAAUCAGAUACCAAACGGAGAAAUUGAUGGAGGAGCUAAAGAGGUACAGAAUGGACAAAUCAUUACCGAAGAGGAGAAUCGAGCUGCUGGUGACCCGGUAAAAAGUGGCGUGAAUGAAGAUGAUUAUAAGAAAAAACGAGAAGAAUUACUUGGUCCUUCUGCACCUACGGCUAUUAAUAACAAAAAUAAUACCAAAUAUGCGACUGUUCCUACUUCCUCCAAGUCUGCAGCCAGAGCAUCGCAAAAGAAUUCCACAAGAUCUGUCUUUGCUGAGACUGCCGACGCAUUGAAUGAACGUGGAGAUAAGCUGGGUCAACUGAACGACAAGUUGGAGGACAUGUCGAAUAGUAGUAAUGAAUUUGCUAGAUUGGCUAAGCAACUAGCUGAAAAAGAGGCAAAUCGGAAAUGGUAUCAAUUAUUUUAG